GAAGUACUACUUAUUCAAUCAUGUUUGCGAAUCGAGUAUCUACCGUACAAUCAUCUGUUGAUAACAAACCUGUUUGUGAUAUUUUUAACCUUUGUACAUGGACUAUUCCAAAUCACGGAUUUGACAUGUAA